AUGUUCCUCGCUCGUUUGUUCUUAUGUUGUUUGGCGAUAACAUGUGCUUUUUCCGAAGAAAUUCAAAAAAACAGUGAUAAAAGUGAUUUUAAAACAGACUGCGAUAAUUCUUACACGGCGACAUGUUUAAAAUUAGACAUCGUCAGUUGGGUUGAUGCUUUAAACGAAAAAGGCGAUAUCAGUGUCCUUCCGGGAGUAUCCUUAGUGCGUGAAAAUGUCAGUUCAAACUCGAACACCGCGGAAAUUGUUGCUGAACUUGGUAGAGAAUUUCCCAACGAUCCUAAUGCCAGGCUGGAUAGUUUUCUAAUGAAGAAAGUGCAGGGAUUCCUAGGCAGUCACUCCCUCAAACUUAAUUUCGCUGCAGAACAAGACAAUGAUAACGUUGAAAUGGCACGACGCAAGGGAGGAAAAAAAGGCGGCGGAGGUGGAAUGGGAAUGAUACUCGCUGCAGGUGCAAUGAUGAAGAGUACUUUACUCGCCCUAGGUUUAGGUGCUUUGGCUGCACUUGCUGGUAAAGCUUUGAUGACAGCUUUGAUAUCGUUAGUCCUUUCUGCCAUUAUCGGACUCAAAUCCCUUACAGGAGGUGGAGAAAAAACUACUUACGAAGUUGUAUCGAAGCCUGUCUAUACCCAUUCUAGUUCACAUUCUUCGGGCCAUGAAGACCACCACCAUGGUCAAUCUGGUUGGAAUGGUAGAAGUUUUGAUACCCCGUUGCCGCUUGGAUUGAGGCCGGAAUACAAGCCAGCUUGA